ACCCCCCAGCCCGGGCGGGAGGGGGGCUGGGACGCGGCGUCAGGAAGCUUCUGACAUCAUCACCCCCCAGCAGGGAUUUCCCCUCUGAAGCCGGGGUGGGGGCGCAUAGGGGGCACCACGGGCCUGGGCAGGGGCAGCUCGGGGGCCGAGGCCUGGUGAACACGGGUCACGUGUGCGACGGGGCCAGAGGCUGGGGCAGGACCCGGGACCCCCUACCCCCAACUGCCCCCUACUCCCACCCGUGCGUCUCUGCCCCCCCAGGGAGGAACAUGCAGCUGCUGCGGGUGCAAGUGGCGCAGCUGCGGGAGGCACGGGCGGUGCAGGCGGUGUCCCAGCAUGCCCUGGGGCGGGGGUCACCCCCCCCGACCCCCGCUGAGGGCUCCCUGCCCCAACCCCUGGACCACUUCGACCGGCUCGAGCUUCGCACCUUCCCCCAGCGGUUCUGGAUCAAUGCUGAGUUCUGGCGCCGCCCGGACGGGCCCGUGUUCCUCUACGUCGGUGGCGAGAGCGCCCUGUCCCCCUUCUCCGUGCUUGCAGGGCACCACGUGGAGCUGGGCCGGGCACACGCGGCGCUGGUCGUGGCGCUGGAGCACCGCUUCUACGGCGCCAGCCUCAACGCGGACGGGCUGCGGGACCGGCCCCUGCGCUUCCUGUCCAGCCAGCAGGCCCUGGCCGACGUCGCUGCCUUCCACCAAUUCGUGACCCACAAGUUCAACGUGUCGCGGGGCAGCCCCUGGGUGGCCUUCGGGGGCUCCUACCCCGGCGCCCUCGCCGCCUGGCUGCGCGUCAAGUUCCCCCAUCUCAUCUUCGCCGCCGUCGCCUCCUCGGCCCCCGUCCGGGCCCAGCUGGACUUCGCCGCCUACAACCAGGUAGUAGCGGCCAGCUUGUCGGACCCCCUGGUGGGCGGCUCCACAGACUGCCGGGCAGCGGUGGCCGCGGCCUUCGCGGUGCUGGACGAGCGGCUGCGCGGGGGGCGGCUGGCAGAGCUGGCGCAGGAUUUCGGGGUGUGCGGGGGGGUGCUGGGCCCGGACGACGGCGCGGAGCUGGCGGCUAGCGCGGCCGACGUUUUCAUGGCGGCCGCCCAGUACAACAGCGAAGCGCUGCCCGGCGCCCACGUGGCCCCCGUCUGCGCCCUCAUGACCGAUGCCGCCCGCGGGGACCCCUACCGCCGCCUCGUCGCCCUCAACCGGGACGUGCUGCGGCACACGGGGCAGAACUGCACGAUGGCGUCGCGGGCAGGCGCCGUGGCCGAGCUGCGUGGCGUGGGGCUGCAGCUCGUGGGCCCCGGCGAGCGCCAGUGGCUCUUCCAGACCUGCACCGAGUUCGGAUACUACCAGACGUGCGAGGACGCCGCCUGCCCCUUCUCGCGCGCCGUGACGCUGCGCCGGGAGCUGAAGCUGUGCGCCGAGGUCUUUGGGGUGCCCCCGGCCCGCGUGGGCCCGGCCGUGGCCUUCACCAACGCCUGCUACGGCGCCGCCCGCCCCCGCGCCGCCCGCAUCCUCUUCAUCAAUGGCGACAUCGACCCCUGGCACGCGCUUAGCGUGACGCGGACCGAGACGCCCGCCCGCCCGGCCGUGCUGAUCCGCGGGGGCUCGCACUGCGCCGACAUGGCCCCCGCCCGGCCCGCCGACCCCCCCGCCCUGGUGCGGGCCCGGCAGCUCGUCGCGGGCCACCUCCAGCGCUGGCUGCAGCAGGCCCCCCCCGACCCCUGACCCCCCCCGCACCAGGGGGGGCAGCAGCUUUUUCUUACUCUGCUUUGUAUUGUAAUGGGGGCGGGGGGGGGUCCAGGGGUGGGGGGGUGGGGGGGCAGGACCCCUGGGGGCUGGGGGGUCCCCGGAUUCCUGCUUUGCUUUUAUACCCCAAUAAAAGAGGUGCAAACCC